AUGAAACAGGACGCAAAUCGCUACAGAACGCCAGAUCGCUCUACCAUUAUCACAACUUUACCCGACAUGGGGUUGUUUGGAAAAUCAACACCAGCCGAGGGCGCCGGCUCUGACGAGCCCAAAAAGUCUCUCUAUCAACGCUACCAAGACAAGAAGAGCGGCCGCGACACCCAAAUUUCAGACGAGGAUCUCAAGAGGUACACCGGCAAGACUAAGGAUGAGAUCAACGACUGGGCCAAAGACCGUCCUGGCGUCGCAGGGAACCGGGCUGCAGGGACACUCACGGCGGGACCCGCUUCCGGCUUUGGAGGCGUGGCGACAGCAGGUGGCUUUGGUGGAUGGGGAACAGAUGCUGGGUCGGAUCCAAAGCAUCCGCCACCGCAGAAGGAGCGGAAGGAGAUCGAUGACUCCGAGUAG